AUGGGGGACAAGAAAUUCAACCCCAAAAGAAAAACUAAAAGAAAGAAGCAGAAGAAGAAGAAGAAGAAGAAGAAGCAGAAGAAGAAGAAGAAGAAGAAGAAGAAGCAGAAGCAGCAGAAGAAGAAGCAGAAGAAGCAGCAGAAGCAGAAGAAGAAGCAGAAGAAGAAGAAGCAGAAGCAGAAGAAGAAGCAGAAGAAGCAGCAGAAGCAGAAGAAGAAGCAGAAGAAGCAGAAGAAGAAGCAGAAGAAGAAGCAGAAGAAGAAGAAGUAGAAGAAGAAGCAGAAGAAGCAGAAGAAGAUGAAGAAGAAGAAGCAGAAGAAGAAGAAGCAGAAGAAGAAGCAGAAGAAGAAGAUGAAGAAGAAGAAGAAGAAGCAGAAGAAGAAGAAGAAGCAGAAGAAGCAGAAGAUGAUGAAGAAGAAGAUGAAGAAGAAGAAGAAGAAGAAGCAGAAGCAGAAGAAGAAGAAGCAGAAGAAGAAGCAGAAGCAGAAGCAGAAGAAGAAGAAGCAGAAGAAGAAGAAGAAGAAGCAGAAGAAGAAGCAGAAGAAGCAGAAGAAGAAGCAGAAGAAGCAGAAGAAGAAGAAGAUGAAGAAGAAGAAGCAGAAGAAGCAGAAGAUGAUGAAGAAGAAGAAGCAGAAGAAGAAGCAGAAGCAGAAGAAGAAGCAGAAGCAGAAGCAGAAGAAGAAGAAGAAGAAGAAGAAGAAGACAAUCAAAGCUUCUUAA